AUGGAGAUUGACACAGGUGACUGUUUCUUGAUGGGCGCAAGCAAUACGACGAGUGCGGCUUGUGUGAUGAAUGAUACUUCCCUGGUGAACAGAACCUCUCCACUACCAGGAAACAGCAGCGAUAUUGACAACAUUCCAUAUACACUACCGUGGUGGCGGCAAAUCUUAUGGAGUGUCUUCUUUGGAGGCAUCGUUAUAGUAGGAACCGGAGGAAACCUGAUUGUGAUGUGGAUUGUCUUGGCGCACAAGAGGAUGCGCACAGUUACCAACUACUUCCUCGUCAAUCUUUCGAUAGCUGAUGCGAUGGUGUCAACACUCAACGUCACCUUCAAUUACACGUACAUGCUGAACAACGACUGGCCAUUUGGGGAAACGUACUGCAAGAUCACUCAGUUUGUCGCCGUCCUCUCCAUCUGCGCUUCGGUCUUCACGCUCAUGGCUAUAUCAAUCGACAGGUAA